UGUCGGUCGCUCACGUUAUAAAGAAGGCUACCCCCGCCAUGCACUCCUCGCUAUCUGCCCUCGAAGCCAAACUUCCAGAGUUAGGAUCUGGCUUCAAUCUAGCAAUGGCGGAAAAGAAGGAGAAGAUCUCCAAGAUAGUCAUAACGGUUGACCUAAGCUGCCGUUGUUGCUACAAAAAGAUUCAAAAGGUUCUAUGCAAGCUACAAGAACAAGGACAGAACAUAACAAAUAUCUCCCAUGACAAGAAGAAGAAUACGGUCACAGUCUCUGGCCCAUUCGAUCCCCAUAAGCUCUCCAAGAAGCUCUGGUGCAAGGCCUGCAAGGUGAUCAAAAGCAUCGAUAUUGUACCUGACAAACCAAAAGAAACAUCAACACCACCACCACCUCCCAAGAAACCCUGCGAGGUGAUCAACAACAUAGAAAUUGUAGUAUGUGACCCUCCUAAAUGCCCCAUUCCACCACCGGUCUGCCCAAAUUGUUGUUGCAAGCCUCCUAAAUGCACCUGUCCGCCGCCAGAACACAAACCUUGUUACCCAAAGAAAAAACCCGUACCGUGUCCACCACCGGUUUGCCCAGAUUGUUGCUGCAAGCCUCCUAAAUGCACCUGUCCGCCGCCAGAGCACAAAUCCUGUUCCCCGAAGGAAAAAUCCGUACCGUGUCCACCACCGAUCUGCCCAGAUUGUUGCUGCAAGCCUGCUAAAUGCACCUGUCCGCCACCAGAACCCAAACCCUGUUCCCCAAAACCAACAUGCAUACCGUGUCCACCACCGAUCUGCCCAGAUUGCUGCUACAAGCCAUGCUACAUGGAUUGCCAUGGAGGGUGCCGAAGUUGCUCAUGUGGAAAGGCCGGUGGAUGUGGGGUUUGUGGUCGAUCAAUCUGUUGUGGAACCUGUCAUGGGGUUACGGUCCAGCAAUCUGUCGUGAUUUGCGAGUAUUCACCAGCGCCAUGUACCAUGAUGUGAUCAUAUUUGUGUUUCUGUGUUUUUCUUUUGUCAAAAAUAAUAAGAAUAAAUUAAGGUGAAUGAUGUUAGAUCUGUGGGAGAGUACGUAAUGAGAGAAUAAAAUGUUAUUUUGGUGUAUUUGUGCUUUUGAAGAUUGUAUGAGAGGGUUUUAUUCUUGGUAAUGUGAAGUUUUUUCUUAGUAUUUUGCUCCAAAAUCAAUA